AUGUCAUUGAAUAAUGUUCCAAAAUCUUCUUCAUCCUAUCUCCAGCCCGUGCCUUCUCAUUCUGUUUUCCCAGCAAAACUGUAUCGAUUCCAAGUACGCCCCGAGUCACAACUUUUUGACAAGAAGUUCGACCGGGAUGAUUUGGAAUGGAACGGCGAAUCUGUAUUGCCAUACAAAAUGGCUCUUUUUGAUCUCGAGAAAUUCAACGAUUCUGCCUCUUCUAGACACAUAUUGAAGGUAACAUAUUAUUGGGUUAUGGAUAGAGCGUACCUCGGAUUUUGAUAAGCCAGGUCCAUUAGUUAUCCAGAUAUUCUAAAUAACUCGUCCGUACUUGGAGCCUGGUAGCUGUAUUCAACAUCAGCAUACCUUGGUUUUGUGAGAUAGUUGGGAUUCAUAUUAGAAUAGCUUUAGAGAGUUUAUGUUCCUAAUAUAAGCUGUAAUUAUACAAGAAUGGCUGAGAUAUCCGAAGUGUCGUGUUCGCUGCUCGGCUGUUGAAUACAUUAUAUGUACAUAAAAAAUAAUGAUCCAAGCCUCUGAGCUGGAACUUCACUACUUCCUUUUUCACUACUCAGUUCUUUACAUUAGUUAAAGGUGAUUUCUUGGGUUCCAUGACCAAUUGCUU